AUGGUAGAGUUCUGGGAAUUGGUGCUCCCUUUGCUCUUGGGGCUUCUGAUCCUGCAGUACCUGAAACAGCUUUGGUCCAGCAGAAACUACCCUCCUGGGCCUUUUCAGCUCCCCAUCAUUGGAGGGAUUUGGUGGAUGGCAGCGGGAUUUUCUCACGAUAUUCUGACUAAGCUUGCUAAGCAAUAUGGAAAUAUCUACACUUUCUGGUUAGGGCCGCAACCGGUAGUAAUAUUGUCUGGAUAUCAAGCAGUGAAAGAAGGGAUCAUUGACCAUCCGGACGACUUCAAUGGCCGGCCAGUAUCUGCUUAUAUUGCAACAGAAUUGAAAAGAACUGUUGGUGUUCUAUUUGCAAGUGGCGAGAUCUGGAAGCAACACAGACGAUUUGGCGUAGUUACUAUGCGGAAGAUGGGAGUAGGGAGGAAAAUCAUGGAGAACCAGAUAGAAGUGGAGGCCAAGCAUCUUGUGGAGGCCUUUGCAUGCACAAAAGGGCAGCCUUAUAAUCCUUUAUUAGCAAUCACGAAUGCAGUCUCCAAUGUGAUAUGCGCCGUGGCUUUUGGAUACCGGUAUUCUGCAGAGGAUGAAGAGUUCAAGGGAAAGCUAGAAGCCAUGGAGAUGAUGGGAAAAUAUGCCACUAGCAUCGUUGCUCUUGUCUAUGAAAUAUUCCCAUGGAUGAUGCACCGUCUUCCAGGCCCUCACCAAAAAGUCUUCCAUUUGCUGAAAAGAGAAAUUUCAUUUGCAGUAGGGGAGAUAGAAAGGCACAGAGAACAUCAGAACAAACACGAACCACAAGAUAUUAUUGAUUUUUAUCUACUUCAGCUGGAGAAAAGCAAAGAUGACCCCAGCUCCACCUAUAAUGAUGAUAACAUGUCUUACUUCCUCACGGAGUUGUUCAUUGCGGGGACAGAGACCACGGCCACCAGCCUGCAGUGGGCCCUCCUCUUCAUGGUGGCCUAUCCAGAGGUCCAAGAGAAAGUCUGCAGAGAGAUGGAAGAGGUUUUGGGUUCUUCUGAAUCAGUCUCCUAUCAGGAUCAGAAGAAUCUGCCCUUCACAAAUGCUGUGAUUCAUGAGAUCCUACGUGCCAGAUAUGUCUUAUUUUUGGCAAUUCCCAGAGAAUGUGUGAACGAUGUGAAGAUUUGCGGUUUUCAUAUUCCAAAGGGGACCUUUGUCGUUACAGAUCUGCGUUCUGUCCUCCUCGAUCCCACGCGAUGGGAGACCCCUGAAGAAUUCAACCCACAUCACUUUUUAGACAAGGAGGGAAAUUUUGUAGCUAGAGAGGAAUUUUUGCCAUUUGGAGCAGGCGCUCGGGUUUGUCUGGGGGAGCAGUUGGCCAAGAUGGAGCUUUUCCUUUUCUUCACCCACCUGUUGAGGACGUUCAAAUUUCAGCUUCCAGAAGGAGUGAAGGAACUCAGGAAAGAGCCAGUCUUAGGGUUCUCCUUACAUCCCCAUCCUUAUAAAAUUUGUGCUAUUCCCCGCAAUGUGAAAUAG